UUGCUAAGUGUUGACGUCAUAAUAUCUGUUUUUAAAAUUCUACGAUUUCGACAAAGUAGCCAGAUAUCAUGAAAUAUCUUGGAGUGUGCAGGAUCAGUAAAAUCCAUUUUUAAAUCCAUGAAUCUGGCCGGACUGGGAUCUGACCAGUAAAAAUUUUAAAUAUUGUUGUAGGAUGGCUGUUGUCUUUGCCUGGUUUGUAGAUCUCAGAACCUACAGACAAUAAUUGGCACUUUUCAAGAUAAUUUUAUCCUUUCUCUUUUCUUUCAAGAAUAAUUAUUUCUCUUCCCCCGAUUCAAUGUUGAAUGCAUGAUUUUGAAGCACAAAUGAUAGAACUAGAAAUCAACAUUGAUUCGGGAGAAAAGGAGAGGGGUAAAGUAGGAAAUUGCAAAAAUUGCAUUUUGUCUUAACAAUUGUUUCCAGGAUUGUAGACGGAAUUACAGUGACUUUAUAUGGUCAGAUCCUAGUCAGCUUCAGCAGGUAUUUCAUGAUUUUAUUUCAGAUCAAACAGAUUUAAAAACCCUGAAAAUGAUAUUAUGAUAUCAAACUUUAUCAGAAAGAUGCUUAUCACUUGGCAAAUUUAUCAAUCUUUACGUUUGGUGGUAACAACGGGAAAUCGAUAUAAAGUUCACAGCCUAAGAAGAAAUAGCAAUUUUAAUGUUCUAUGGUUAUUUAUGCAAAACGUCCUAAAAUUGUGUAAUAGUAUGAUUGUACUGAAAUAUUUCUUGAUAACUCUCCGUAAUUUUUAUAUUGCAUCCCUGUCUUUUCAAUGAACAGGUAAAGUGACAGAAAUACCAACUCCAUUUAUUAAUCUUUGUUUCACGGAUUCGAAUAUUCGAAAAACUCCCACCACCCCUCUAACAAUCUGGAUAUUGGUCAUAUUUAACAUGCUAUAUUGAAUUAUGAUACCAGCUACAUUGUAACUUGACUUAACAUCGUUAAGAUACAAUCAAAGUAAGAGACAAGAGUUCAAAGGAAUCGGAUCAACUUCUGUCAUUGGGAGACGACAGUAAUGCUAAAUUUUAAACAUGCGAUAUCUACAUUUUAUGCAUGCAAUUUCACACACGUUCCUUUUAGUAGAAAAAUUCGCAAUGAGCUCAGAAAUCAAACUUUCUUAACGAUCCUAGGGUUUCAGUACGUACUCAAACUUUCUUAAGCCGCAUUUACACGAGCAAGUUCUCCUUGACAAAUUUUCUUUGAGAAGUUUAUUUUGCUCGUGUAGAUUGGGGUAGAUUAAGGAAAAAUGAUAAUUUUUUACUUAACAAGUGUACUUAUUCAAAGGCUGGCGUGCCAGUUUUUAGCAAGUGCACUUGACAGGUAGAAAAUUGUCAUAUGCAAAACUUGCCCGUGUAGAUGACUUGACAAGUAAACUUGAUGAGUUUGACUCAAUUCCAGACCCUUCUUUCCGCGCAAGUAAUUGCUUGUUUUUGGCUGUCAUGGCCGCCACGAGGUUGAUCUGGACCAAUCAAGGAACGUCAAUGCUCGUGGAAGUUCUGCAAAGCCGCAAAAGCCGUCGGAAUACAAAGGCAGAUAGUUAAAAAAAUAUGUACACCAAUGAAAUACUAUUGCUUUCUAAGAUUUCCAAUGAAAUUUUCGAAGACUCCAAACGCAAAAUUUUAACCGUUGGACUUAUUGGAAAAAAUUCUGAAAACUGCCUGGGUCUUUGAGCCUCAUUUCUCCAAUCAAGUUUCCUGCUAAUCCUUUGAUCUGCCUGCGACGAUGGCUCGCCCAAGGCUGAACCCACAACUUGUGCUGUCUUCUUUUCUUAGAUUUAUAGUACAUUAGUAGUGCUGCAGCUGUCCCACACAGAAUAAAAGUUUUUUCUUUGUUAAAGGAACUCCGCUUGCCAUAACACAUAAAAGUUCUCUAACCCAGGGGUCGGCAACCCGCGGCCCGCAAGGUACUUUUGUGUGGCCCGGAAGGCCCCUGUUAACCUGUAAAUAAUGUGGCCCAAUGCACGAGUGUCAGCUCGAUAUUGAUUCAGUGAUCUUAGAUCCUUGCCUAGAUAAGCAUUCCUCGUUAACAUUACUAGUCACUCGAACAAGCUGAAGAAGAAGCUUCAAGGCCAUUGUCAUUAUGUGAAUGUCAUGUAUGAACAUGUCAUGUUCCUGCUUAUGAUACAUCUUUGGAAAACUCAGCUGAAUCAAUGGAACUUGGUUCACUUUCCAUCUUCAAAUGGAGUUGAUCGAGCUGCAGGGUACCAGUGAAUUGAAACAGAAAUACAAGGAAACUCAGAUAAUCCCGUUUUAUAUGGAGUAUCUCCAUGGUGGAUGAUGGUUCAUAUCAAGGUCUGGUGCAGCAUGCCAAGAAGAUGUGUUGCAUGUUUGGAAGUACUUCUUUCCUUUGCGAAAGUCUCUUCUCAAAGAUGAAGCAUGCGAAGAGUCGACUGCGAUCUCGCAUGACUGAUCAGCACCUUGAAGGCAACUUGCGGCUGCCAACAUCAACCAUUCUGCCAAAUAUUGAGAAGUUGGCCAAGGACGUGCAGCACCAAGUUGCCCAUUAGCUUCUUUUAAUACACUGAACAGUGAACAUGUACUUAACAUCUAUGUUGGUAUUUGCGUACAGCUUCCACGUUACAAAACAUUUUCCGAUAAAUACAUUUUUAUUGAUUAGAUUAGUAGUUAGGUAGAAUUGGUAUGUAUUAAAAUUAUACUGUAUUUUGAGUUGCGGCCCUCGUAUGCAUUUCAAAAAUCAAAUUUGGCCCCCUGUUUUAUAAAGGUUGCCGACCCCUGCUCUAACCCAUAAACUCCGCUUGCCAUAACGCAAAUAGAUAUUGUCAAAGAGAUUUCUUAUCUUUCUACACGAAAUGUGUAGAAAUUGUCAAACAAAACUUGUCUAUAAUCUAAACGGGCAAAGAAACUUGUCAAGGAAAAUUGCCAAGGAAAAAUUGCUCGUGUAAAUGCGGCUUUAGAAGUUACUAGACAAAAUGUUAUGUUAUGUCAUGUUACAUAUGUUAUGUUUUGAGGCUUGUUAAAACUUACCCUGCAUUUUUUAAACCAGCAUAAUUUUCAGCACUUCGGUAGGUAAUUCAAAAAGUGGAAAUGGUUUAAAAUGUUGGAAAUGGUUUUAAAAUCUUGGAAAUGGUUUUAAAAUGCUGGAAACAGUUUUAAAAUGGUCGAAAUGGUUUAAAUCAAAGACUUCUAAAAUAUUAAAAUUCAUUUCCAGCAUUAUAAAGCCACUUCCAGCAUUUAAAACCAGUUCCAACUUUUUCAAAACAAUUAUCAGUUUUUAAAAUACCUUUUGAUACAAAUGGCAUGCGAUAGUUUGGCGCCCGUUUAAGUUCUUUGUUUCUUAAGAACUUGUUAUCGCAAAUGUUUUGAUUUGCGAGGCUCGUCAGUCCUUAACAUUUUGCAAAAUUUAUGUUUGUAACAGUGUGUGACAACGAGGGGCAAUGCACUCUUGCAAAUAGCGUACGAGAUUUUCUCUAAAACAAAAGGAUUUCUGGGGAUUUUCAGAUAAAACAAUAGGAUUUUCAUGAAAGGUGUACGAGAUUUCUAGAAGUGAUUUGCACCUCGGGUGACAAGGUUGAAUCAGGAUCUUGCCAUGAUUUCAACAACCACUAUUAGCUCCCGGAUUGAAACAUGAAUAUGAUAAACUAGGCCGGCUGGGUAGUCGAUGGAUUUAUUAUUAUUUGCAAAUGCUCUGGUCAACUCCAACUGCUUAGCAAAGGGGAAUCCAUUGAAUUGACCGAAUCUUAGUUUAACUGCUUGUGUUUGGCACCAGCAAUUACAGCUAUAUAUUCAGAAAAUCAUGUUUACAGGCUAGUUUUAAGUUGCUCGCUCCUUGUGAAAAUAGAUUCAGAAGAGAGUCUGAAAACUGAAGAAUUGACGCCAUAAAUUGACUGAGGAAGAAGCACCCCUUUCCAAGAUCAAGACUGGAUAAGUAUGGCUUCCAUUCUGCGUCUCAUAUUUCUGCUGCUGCUUUGGUUGCAUGUGAGCCUGGGGUACAUUCUGAGGCUGCCUUGCAAGACGCAUGGAAACUUCAGCGUUGAAAAACUAGGGUUUAUGCUUACUGGACAUGUGUUAGCAUCAUUGGAAGUAUCGACUGUCGACUUAUGCGAACAGCAUUGCUUGUAUCAUCAGAGCUGCAGCUCAAUUAACUGGAAGACGCCAACAUCUGGGUCUGCUAAUUGCCAGAUCAAUGAAAAAUCAACAGAAAACUCGGAUGACAACGUAAAGUUAUCUCCUUCAUCUGAAUGGACCUACAAAACAACAGAUUAUAGAAACAGAAACGUGGGUGAAUUGUGUCGAGGCAGGAAUCCUUGCCCUAUCGGACACAGGUGUACAGAUUCCUGUAGCUGUCCAGGAUUCCAAUGCCAAAACGUAACAACAGAAGCAAGAAGUUGCAAGGAUCUUUACGACCUUGGCUUCAGAAAAAGUACGAGAUAUGACAUCUAUCGACCAGAAAUUGGAAUUUUCCCAGUCAGAUGCGACAUGGCAACCGACGGAGGAGGUUGGAUUGUGUUCCAGCGUCGUGUUGAUAACAGUGUGGAUUUUUUUCGAGACUGGGAUGCCUACAAGCAAGGCUUUGGGGAUAUGGACGGAAACUUCUGGUUGGGGCUUGAAAAACUGCACAAGCUAGCGGCUCCAGGAAAGGAGACGAUUCUUCGUGUUGACUUAAAACACAUGGAAUUCGAGGACAUGAAAUAUGCUAAGUACAGCUUGUUUGAGAUUUCAGGAGCAGCAGAUGGGUAUCGUCUGAAGGUGGGAGGCUACUCUGGAGAUGCUGGUGAUUCUUUGAGUUUCCAAAACGGCAUGAAAUUCACAACGAAGGACAAGGAUCAAGAUACUUAUUCCAUCAAUUGUGCAUCAAGAUUUAAAGGGGCUUGGUGGUACAGUGCUUGCCAUGUGUCAAAUCUAAAUGGCCUUCAUCCCUCCUCUGAUAGUGGUGGGGAACUCGCAGAUUAUAUGUCCUGGAAAACGAUUAAAAACGAAUAUGGUAAAGUGACAUUCUCUGAGAUGAAACUGAUGUUUUCGUAAAACGGUUACCGUGAACUGAGACAGUAAAACUUACACUAUCAACAUUUACUAUUUUGACAUUCUAAUUAGCUAUUCACAAUAUGUUCUUUUAAAAAUUCUUCCUUUUUGGUGUUAUGACAGUUGGAUAAAGGAUACAUUUCUGCAAUUUGUGUUAGCUUGAUCAUAAUCGUUAUUUAAGGUUAACACCUGUUUUCUUGUAAAGAGCUUUGUGUGUACACUGUUCUUUGGAUGCACCGAUUGAUAAAACAUAUCAUUUGGUGUAACAAAUUAAUUUCAGUGGAAACAGUCACAUUCAUGCUUUGAGCUAACUAUGACACUAGUUUCGUCGAUAUACCGAAAAUAGACCAAUGGUUUUUGGAUUUGGUCAAAUAAUCUGUUUUCGUGAAAGCCGAUGCAGAUGUUGGCUAGUGCCGCACCUAAAGGUCUACCCAUCGUAACACCAUCUAGCUGUCGGUACAUUUAGUUAUUCAAACUGAAUUCAACACCUUUCUUGCACUUGUCAUUAGUUCUCUAAAAAUAUCCCCAGGAAUUAGGUGGGAUCCCUAUCAACUGAAGGUGUUUUUCUUCCUCUCACAUUAAUUUUGAUCCACACCAGGAUAGAAAUUUUCAGCUUAAUUUCGGUCAUUAUCUGACGUUCAUGAUCUGAAGAGUUUCGGACGAAUGAUUCUUAAUACUGCUAUGUUUCCGCUAUUCCUUGCCAUCGACAGGUUGCCAGAAACCAGAAUUUUUCAAUUCUGGAAUACCAAACCGAUUUUUGUGUUCCGUAUCCAUGAGAAACGUGUGGAGAAAAAUGCUAUUCUUUUAGGAGAGGGGAAGUAAUGGAAUGCCUUUGCCCUAAAAUCAAAAUUAACAAAAACCUUCUUACAAUUUAAAUCCCGUCCUGAAAACUCAAGAACCUGAAGGAACCUAUUUUAUCUCCACAGGUCGUUAAAAUGAUUUUGGAUUACUUUUACUUUGUUACUAAAACUAAUUUUGUAAUUCGAUUUUAAGUUUUAAGGCUUUUCCCUUUUCUUUGUGAAGGCUUAUUUGGAUUCUUCUGAUGAAUGGUAAAGGAGUUAUUUUGCUCACAAUUCUUUAUAGUCCGAGACAAAAUUCAAGCCUAAAUUGCAACGUUCUUUCAUGGAUCUUAUUUAUUUUACUUUCAUUUGAAUAUUUAUCAUGAAAGAUCAAAAUCACUGGUUUGUAGCUGAACUGAGAUAUCACGAGAGAUUGCUUCAUAAUAAUAGUAGAAAUCAUUGUGUAAACAAACUGAAAAACAUUUUGUCAUAAAGCCAGCUAAUGCCUAAAGCUAGUGCAAAAAAAUACAAACGGGGGCAUAUUGUGUUGCCAAAUCACUUCACUGAAACCUAUGUAGACAGAAUGAAAUUGAAUGUAGUAAUAAGUGGUAUGCGCACCAGCAAAGCAGUACUAUAGAGAAAAGACGGAAAAGAUCAAGGUUUUAUAGGAAUUCAAUAUCCAGACGGACAACAAAAUUCAAGCAAGAAGACGUUGUUGUCAACAAGGUUAGAAAGAAAUGUCACAUAAUAGAUUUAGCAGUCCAUGGAUACGAAAGGGUAACAGCAAAAGAGACAGAGAUGAUGGAGAAAUAUGAUGAGUUGCGAAGAGAGCUUGAAGAGAUGCCUGAGGUCGCAGGGUUUGACUUGAUCUCGAUACUGCAAACAAAACCCAAUCAACUUAGAAGAACAGGACUGUGAAAAUCAGCAAAUAACAAUAAUAAUGAUAAUAAUAACAAUGAAUCAUGACAAAUGUCUCCACAGGGUGGCUCUUCACCUUGUCGCCAGAUACUGCUAGAAUUGGUUGAAAUUGCAAUCUGUGGUGCAGACGUUUAUGAAUAUGCUAAACAGAAGAGACCCAAAAACUCAUCCUUGUGGCACUUCAAUUUUUGAUUCAGUGUGUGCACUAAAGGCCCAUUUAACUUGAACCCGUUAUUUCCUAGGAGACAAAUAACUAUAAAUUUAAAGUAGGACAUCGCUGUUGGAUCUAGAGGCAUGUUACUUUGCAAUCAAUAAUUCAUGACCAAUACAAUCGAAAGCUUUCAAUGGGUAAACCAACAGAGCACCGGCAUAUCUUCAAUGGUAUCCUACAGCUAACUACAAACCGCAUAAGAUCACAUUGGGUACUAGACCAUACUUUGGUCAUACCUCUAGAUUGAAUGAUCGAGCAAAAUAUUUUCGAAAUACAGGCCUUUAACCAGUCUGAACGUCCAACUAAAUUCUUCCCAACAGGCUACAUGUCCAACCAAACAAUUUCGUUAAGAAUUUCCUCAGGUCUUCGGGACCACGAAAUCAGAGGACUAAUUAAAUAUUUGGAAGGUGAAACCCUAUUCUAACAUUGAAUAAAAAAAUAUCUAUAUAACCUAUUUUUACUAUACAUGCAUACAUUUCUAAAGGGUACGUUUAUGAUUUGACUUUUGCCUUUUUAGCAGCAUCUGUAACUUACCUUAACAGCAUUUGUGACCAAUGCCACUUGUGACGUAACUGCAUAACAUGCCAACACAUCAUAGACGGUACUACUACAUUUAAUUUUACUAACACUGACAAAAACUACUAUAUAAAACAAAGACUGGACUGCAACUCUAAUUACGUUAUUUACGCACUACAAUGCAAAAGAUGUUUAACAUACUUACAAAAACAAGAACUGCCAAUACAUCGGACAAACAAGCAGACGACUGAAAGACAGAUUUAACGAACACAGACGAGACAUUAUCGACAAAAAAGUAGACAAGUCCGGUGUUGCAGAACUCUUUUGCAGCCCAGAACAUACUAUCAAUGACCUAACAUUAACCCCAUUACUGCAACUUAAAGCCAAAUAGAGAGUGUUCGACGAGCCAAAGAGCAAUACCUCAUUGGCUUGGCAAACACUCUCACACCG